CGGGAAGUCGAGUAGCGCAGACGCGUCGUGAUCGUGCGCACUUUUGUAUAAAAAAUUUGUACAAAAGUAACAGGCAGUAAUACCGGCAAUUCGGACAGUCUGAGCUCGUAGUCAAUAGAGAUCAGAGUACGUAGUGACAAUUUGCGGAAACCUAAAAAAUCUCUUGUGUCACCAUGAAUGAACCGAUAACAGGAUUUAUAGUUGCACCGCGUAAGCAAUCGACGUGAGAGAUGGAAGCUUCUCUUUUCUAGUUGCUGCAACUAUCAUGAUAACACAAAAAAUUGUCUCGUGAUAAGAAGAGAGAGCUGGAAAAGCUUUCUCAUCAGUGGUAGUUCUCCUCUAGAAGAGGAAAAAAGAAAAGUGGAGGAUUUAGAAGUGAAGUUAAAAAAAAAAAAAAAAAACGCAAAGGACGAUAUAAAAUUAACUUAACUAAAAUAAAAAAAAUUGGAAGAUACCAAAGAGAGAGUCUGAGUGUUGUCGGGUGCAAGGAGGGAUGCCUGCGAAGGGGGAGAGGGGAACGACAGACUUCAGCAUCGCGGCCAUUAUGGCGCCGAGGGGUCCGUCCUUCGGGCAUUACCACCUGCAGGGCAUUGGCAACGCUGCUGCUACUGCUGAUACCAGCCUAGAAUGUCCCCUCGUGAAGGAAUUUGCCGCCGAAUCUCCUCUAGAUCAUCGUGUUCACACGUCACCGGUUAACAUAGUCGCGACUGCGACAGUUGUGACGGACGAGGACGUUCUUAUGGGCGAUGAGGAGGCCGAGAACUGCGAGGAUAUAUCCGAUAAGAUGAUGAACGACGAGGAUGAGGAAUUGGACGUCGACGUGGAGGAGUGCAGUAGCGUUGACGAUGAGCCAGUUCACAGGAUCCUCGCCGAUCAUCUUUCUAACGGCGCGCCCGCGCGGAAGUACAACGUGGAAAGUGGCGGCACGGACGAGAAGAAGCAGCGUCUGAGAACCAGCUGCAACUCCGACGAGCUGCGUGACGUCGAGUGCCACCUCGAGACCAAGGAGCUCUGGGACAAGUUCAAUGACCUCGGCACGGAGAUGAUCAUCACGAAGACCGGCCGACGAAUGUUUCCAACUUGCCGGGUGUCCUUCAAUGGAUUGAGAUCUGAUGGCCGGUACGCAGUCUUAAUGGAUAUUGUGCCGGUUGACAACAAGAGAUAUCGAUAUGCUUAUCAUCGUAGCUGUUGGCUUGAGGCCGGGAAAGCCGAUCCACCGGCACGUGUGCGACUCUACGUUCAUCCAGAUUCUCCCUUCACAGGCGAACAGUUACGAAAGCAAGUUGUGUCUUUUGAAAAAGUGAAGCUGACAAACAAUGACAUGGAUAAGCACGGCCAGAUCGUGCUGAAUUCAAUGCACAGGUAUCAACCAAGAAUACACUUAGUUCGUUGUAGACACGCAGACGAUCCUCUAAACAUCACUGAUCUUCAGAAAGAAGAGCACAAGACGUUCAUUUUUCCGGAGUCUGUUUUCACAGCCGUCACGGCAUAUCAAAAUCAAUUGAUAACAAAAUUGAAGAUCGAUAGUAAUCCGUUCGCCAAAGGUUUCAGAGAUUCGUCGAGACUCACAGACUUCGAUCGAGAUCCUAUGGAACUUAUGGAGCAACAAAUGGGAAGAGUCGUCGUACCUCCAGUGAGACUCUUCGAUCAUCUCGCCACUGUGUCAUCACCGGCAGUGAUCGCGGCUUUUGGCGCUCAGCAACAACAUCAUCAGACAUCCGCGCAGCAGCAACAGCAAUCGGAAAACAGUCCUCAUCCGUUAUCAACAUGGUUUUCGCCUUUUGUAUAUGCUGCUGCUGUCGGUAGAGCUGCUGCUAGCUCUCCGUUAUCCUACGCCACCGGUAGCUACCCUACGGUACCAUGGGGUUGGCAACCAGCGAUGCCGCCUCCGGUCACGAUGCUCUCGCGACGGUCCUCGCCUCCCACCGCCACUCCCGCAGUCGCCCUCAGGUAUGUCCCCUAUCAACCGACCGCUAGCUCGCAUCCCCCAGCGUCGCUACCAGUUCGCUCGACCACCCCCAAUUAGCGACCCCUGCUGGCGCUCGCGACUCAGCGACUACAACGGCAUUAUCGUUCCUCUUCCUCCUGUCUGUGAUCGGAAUUUGGAACCGGAUUCGGUUAUCAUCUAUGUAUCAUGAAACUAUUUACGACUUUUCCAUCGGAAAUAUGAAAGUUCGACUGUAUAUGUUCGAUACUUAUCACAUACCGAAUAGAAUUGUCAGUAGUUUUAUAAUAGAUGUUGUUUGUUCUGAUGAAGGUUUGCUAUGUCAAACACUAGUGGCAUGCACGCGUUUCAUCGUUUAUAUAAUGCGAAUCGAAUCACAGAUCCGACGAUGUGGAAAUACGUGAUACCUACAUUUGCGACUUGUCACUUGGACAUUCGCGUGUUUUGUCUGCGAGCUGAGUAAAUAAUAAACUCUCCCGGCUGAUAAUUGCUAGUCGCGCAGAUAUACGUAGACAAAACUUGCGGCUGUCAACUGUUACGUCAAAGAAUAAAAUAUGAGAAUAUACUUAUUAAAUAGGGGAUUGAAUAAAAUUUAUUUACAAUUUAACAUCACGGCUAGUGAUGCACUAAAAUUAAAAAAAAAAAAGUAUUAUCG